UGCAUCAUGAAUAUAAGACCUAGAUCUGAUUCAUAUAGAAUCUACUUCACACACAAAUUGAGAGAACAAUGGGUGUUUGUUAUUCUUGCAAUACAUCCUCAAUAUUUAAAAACAUUAUAAGAGUUGUUCAUCUUGAUGGUUUUGUGGAAGAUUUUCAUCAACCAAUUUCAGCAAGCCAAGUUAUUGGAAAUCUACCAAAACACUUUGUUUGUACUUCAAUUCAGCUUCUUUCAUCAUCCUACAAACCAUUGAAACGAGAUACUAGUCAACUUCAACCUGGUCAACUCUAUUUCAUGCUACCAUACUCAGUACUCCAAGCUGAUGUUUCUCCGGUUGAUUUGGCUUGCUUAGCAAAGAAGCUCACAGCAAAAGGCAAAAACAAACCAUAUGAUUACAGUAAGUCUCCAACAGUUAUUCCUUUACUUUCAAGGAGUCCUUGUAGAGUUGGAAUGGAAGAGAAAGUUAUGAUGAAUGGAGGAAGAAGCCCUUGUAGAAUGCAGUCAUGGAAACCUAUCUUGGAAACUAUUGCAGAGAAAUCACUCAACAGGAGAACUGAAUCAGAUUUGCAAGACAUUGUUAUCAAUGUUAUCUCAUCCAAUAAAACUUGUUUUCUAGUAGAAUAGUAUUAAUAAUAAGACCCUACAAGGGAUUGAUUAGAUGAACUGUUGGAUGCAAGUGCUGCACUUUCCACACAGUUAGGUGUUUCAUGUUUCAGUAUCAACAAAACCUCCUGAUUUUAAUUCAAGCAUAAUUGUUCGCAAGUUAUCCAUUCAAUUACUAAAGCGUAUAAAACUAGAUAAUCAUUCAUUUCAA